UACAAUGAGGCACCAAGACAAAAUAAUAUCCUUCAGUCACAAGUCAAAACAGAGCAAGUAUAAAAAGAAUCAGAUAUUGAUGCCACUCUUCAAGUGCAUCGAAUGGAAUUAUUUUGCGGCAGAUUUAACGCAAAACUGGUAUAUGAUUCGACUCUUAAAACGGCCAUUGGGAAUGCGUCGUCUGUUCUUUAAUGUAACGCGGUUUCCAAGCCUGAUAGGCUCCGUGCUGAGAACUUCGAUGAGGCACCACUGGCAUACCUUUUUCUUUCUGGCCAGUCCACGGGAAUUUCAUUGGUGGCGUUUUCAGUUUCCCAUGUAUCCCAUGUGCGUCUAUAUGGGUGGUGCUUCCCAGCGAUCGAAGUCAAGGUCGAGGGCAUUAAAGGUUGAACCAUUGGUAAGAAAAGAACGCAGGCUGUUGGAAUUGCAGCAGCGGAUACAGAAAAUGGGAGCCGCGCUGUUGCCCUCCAUGAAUAAAGUGAAGCCCCUCGAUUCAAAAACUCAACAUAGAAAUAUAAUAAACUAAAUCCUCAACAGCUGAUUUUUGUUGUUUGCUUGCCACGCCCCACGCCCCAAGCUCACUAUGAAGGAACUCAAUUUUAAAAUCGAAGAACUGAAGUCCUUCCAAGAGCUUACCGACAAGGAUCAGUUGCACACCUACCAGAGCUUUCUCCGGGAAGAGUUGGAAGAGCGGAAUGUGGAGCACAAAUACUUGAAACGCACCGCGCAGAUCAUGAAACGCGGCAAUGAUGAGUUUCUCUUCAAUGAAUGCUAUAUGAUCUUCGACGAGUAUAUGCUGACCGAGAAGUAUAGCUCCCUGGUCUUUAGUCUCUGCGGCAUAACCCACCAUUUUCAUUUUGUGCUCUACAUAAAUGUAAUGGACACUACCAAGGUGGAGGACCGCGCCCAAUUCGUGGCCAACAUUUUGGGAAAUCUGCUUGCCGUUGAGGUGCCAAAGCUGAAGAGAUUCCCGCUGAAGUUCAUCAUGAGUCGGGACAACGAAUUGGCCAAUCAGGCUCUGGAUAUAUUUGCGAAUUCGAAGAAGACCAGCCAUCUCUUUAAUGCGUUUCUGUUUGUGCGCGAGCCGCGGGAUGUACAGGAAGCACAGCUAACCGAUCCCUACACACAGGAGGCCUUCGCCGAGAUAAUGCACAGCACGAUAUCGGAAACAAACAUUCGGGAACUAUUUAAUCGGCAUCUGGAUAAGGCAGCCAUCAAGGAGAACUAUCCAUUGCAACGCUUUGUCAGCGACUAUCACAUGUUGGCCAGGGACCUACUGGGCUCCAAAGAAACCAUAAAUCUCCGAUUCUGCACCAUGGAGCGCACCGACGACUUUCAGGACAUUGUGCAGGAGAACCUCAAGCAUUUCGGCGAAGGGAUUAUGUCGCGCAUCUUUCUAUUCGAUUUGUUGCGCGCCAUUAUGAUUAUUUUCAAUUACUAGCACAACACUCAGCACUCUUUGGACGUGGCAAGCAAACCAAUUUUUCAAAUCAAAUUAAGAAAAUUAACUGUUAAAUGCAAUUUAAAUCAAUAAAUAAAUGUAU